ACGAACUUGCUAGCGUUGCUCGAAGACAGCAUGUGAUGUCAUCGCACAACGGUCAUCACAACAACUGGAAAUAACGUAUUCAGGGUCCAAACCAUCGAGUGAUGUAAAGGGUUGUCGUGGAGCAACGCGUAUCGAGAUCGUCUCGACUAGGAAGUACGUGUUUGGUACCCUACUCACAAGCGCUCCCCAUACCCCAGGCUUGACGCAAGCCGACUUGAAGGGGCUCAAAGUUUGGGAGCAUAUACCGUGGAAUGGACAAGCGUCAAACAUUUCUUACGGUCAGCUGCUCCGGGCGUUUCCCCGCAAACUCGGAGACGCACUUGAGUAUGCCUUUUCCUCUUCCAGCUACGUUGCACGCGACGCAUCCUUGUAGACUCGACGAUUCAACGCCUCUGCGACGGCAAGGGCGUUCGCUCUCCAACUUGCUUCGUGGAAAUAGAAGCGGCUCGGUCGAUUACCUUUUUGCUAACGGCCGAAGACUUGGUCGGAUUAUUCGGAUGUCAGCUGGUUGCAAUGCGCGCGGGUUCAAGGCUGCUAGCAGCAUAGCAUGGACGGCUUGCCUCACUAUCUUACUCGUGCUUUAUUUCAUGGUCCAACAACAGCCCAUGGCGUUAGGUAACGAUGAUGGGACUGAGACAGUUUGAGUCAGUCAUCGCGUCGCAACGCUUCCCGAACAUCCCCAGGGAUUUCCCCCCUUGUGGCUAGACGCUACUUUUUCGGAAGUUAACUCAAAGGGGAUACCGAAAUGUACAGAAGCGGCUCAUUA